UUUUGUUUUGUUCUUUUCUUCAAGGUCUGUGUCAGUUUCGGGUUUAGAUCUCCCUCGCGGUGCCAAACAUGUCUCGCACAACAGACCCUGCUGGACACUGGAAGGAUCUGGAGACCUGGCUAAGUGUUGUAACAGACAGCCUCCUACCUAAGGCCGCUGAAACACUAAAGCAUCAGACACAGGACCAGCUGGAUGACAACAUAGCAAGCCUCAUGAAACAGGACCCAAGCCAGAGCUACAGUCACAAAGAACUAGCCAAGAUCACCGGCUCCUUAAGCCACACACUCAUCGCCACCCUCAAACUGAGCGACAGGCAAGCCGCCCAUCGCCAGCAGGAGCUGACACAUGCACAACGGCGCAUCGAACAGCUGGAGCUGGAGGCUCAGGAACAACGAGAAGGGCCUGAUGAAGUGGAACAAGGCGCCAAAGAGGAGAUCAACAGGCUAAAAGAGACCCUAGCAGCUACUACGCAAGAAAUGGAACGAGGCAGAGCAGACUACGCUGACCUCUCCGACAAGCUACAGUACGCAGAACAGCUACUGGAAAAAGCAAAGGCUGACUUCAGAGACAAGAACAGCCGAAUUAAAGCUCUCGAAACUCACCUGAAUGAGUCAAGAAAUGAGGUCAGCCGCCUAAAACAACAGCUUGACUACAUCAAAGAAGAGUCUGACAGUAUUAAAGAGGAACUCAAGCAUGCAUAUGAAUUGCGCUGUGAGCCGUCAAGAACACGGGCAGUGCCAAAACAGUCACCUGUUCCCUCUGAAGAAUCCUACCUCCCCACUAAGCUAAAAGAACGUGCUCCAGCCAGCCACAGAUCAUCUCAUGGCUUGGACCUCAGAGACCUUGACAAGCUUGCUAGAAACAUUGGCAAAUUCACUCCAAAUGUGCCAGGUAGUCCAAAUGUUCAGAGUUAUCUGCAAGAUAUUGACUUCCAUCUGGAAAUGAGACCCAAUGUCACUGACAAAGAUAGACUUUAUUUGCUCAGAGCCACAUCCAGCUCUGAAGUGCGCAGCUUCCUGGACCGGCAGCCUGCCCACACAAAGACUGAUUACCACCUGCUCCGAGAAGCUCUCAUCAGAGAGUUUGCCGACCCUGAGUCAGAAAGAGGACUAGUGGCUGCCCUGGAAACAAAACAAGGUCGUCAUGAAUCUCCUCAAGUCUUCUAUAGCCGACUCAGGCUAGCGUACUUCGGGUCUCGCAACGAACAGAACAUGGAGGAGGAAUUGAACUUCAAAACUCUCUUCCUGAGAAACCUCCAUCCUGGGGUGAGCCACCAUCUUGGCGUCCUUGCCUGUCCACGCACAAUGAGUGCUCAACAGUUAAGAGACUUGGCGCACAAAGCCUACUGUAAACAGAAGAUGGCCUUAGAAAAGGGCACCAAAACCACCACAGUUCUUGACUUCAACACCCAGAGUCAAGGGCUGGCCCUUGAGGGCACCCAGCGUCAAGACUUUGCCAAACCGACACCCAAAGAGUGGAAUGCAUCCUCGUCCAACAGAGAGUGGGACUCCCACACUGGUACUCGACCUAAACAGAGAGAUAACCGCUGGGAUGGACCACGUGGACAACAACGCUCACCUGGACGUCACUGGGAAAAUUCAUGGAACCAAUCAAGACCUCAUGAGAGUCAUUGGGAGAAAACCUGGAAUCGCCCAAGCUCAUUUGGAAACACCAGAGGAAAAGGCUCAUGGGAAUCCAAGGGAAAACGACAAACACACCCUGGAGCAACCAGCCCAAGGAAUCGACGGAAAAACUCACAAAGAUUCCAAGCUGACAGAGCUCAAAAUGAAUCCAUACCAGAACAAAAGACUUCAUCUUGUUUCGACUCUCAAGAGCUGAUGAAAAUGAUGAUGAAAGAGUUCUUCCAACGAAAGGAGGAUGACCGGAAGUGGGAAGAGAAAGCGAAACCAGAUUCAUCCUGACUAGCUGCC